AGGAGGAGUACCUCGGCCAAGAAAAUUAUGCAUGCGUUAGGGAAGCUGUGAGAGAAUGGCUGUGGAAGCUCUCCACUGCGGUUUGAAUCCUCGGGGUAUUGAUCAUCCUGCUCAUACUGAAGGCAUUAAACUGCAAAUUGAAGGUGAAGGUGUUGAGUCUCAACCCAUUAAAAACAAACAUUUCCAGAAGGUGCUUGACCAAAAAGGAACCCCCAAGCGACUGCAGGCAGAAGCUGAGACGGCUAAGUCAUCUACGGUGAAGCUGUCAAAACCAGUGGCUCUGUGGACUCAGCAGGAUGUCUGCAAGUGGUUGAAGAAACAUUGUCCGAAUCAGUAUCAGAUCUACAGCGAGUCAUUCAAACAGCAUGACAUAACUGGGCGAGCUUUGCUGAGACUUACUGACAAAAAGCUUGAGCGAAUGGGGAUUGCCCAGGAAAACCUCCGGCAGCACAUCUUGCAACAGGUGCUCCAGCUGAAGGUGCGGGAAGAAGUCAGAAACCUACAGUUACUCACACAAGCCUCAAUUGAGGGUUCUCCAUAAAUGUGGUGAGCCUUCCAAGCUACUCUCCUGCCAGUGGAUAUGAACAUGACCUGCUCCUCCCAGAGAGACUAACUCAUGGCCCUGCCAGAUGAUCCCCUUGGAGCAUUGACAGAUUAACCAGAUUAAUUGCGGGGAAAGCACCCAUCCAGUCAAGCUGAUGGGCUUUGGGAAAUCUUAGCUUGCCGUGGAUUUGAAAUCGAGGUGCAUUACAUGCAGUGCCCACUCGUUGCAAGCGGUCAUCGGCAGACGAUUAGCUGGAAAAUUGCUUCCAGUUUUCAUCACUGUGCAUCACUCCGGCCCCCUUCGGGGAGCUGUCUGUGCCCCUCCCUGGAAGUCCUGUUUCCGCAUGGCAACUACUGGAUUCUCUUACUAUGCGUGCAGAUGGCAUGAUGUGUUAGACAACAAUUACAGCAGUUUUGCA